AUGUGUUCUAUUAUGUCUGACAAAAAGAGUUCGAGCACACUGCGCGAACGAUAUCGUACGGAUAAUUUGGAGUCAAAGCGAAACAAAAUUACCCAGGAAAUUGUCCAGGAUUUUAAAGAAAAUGGUCUGUAUAAAAUGAAAAAAGUUGAGCAUGUGAAUAUUUUAAUCAUUGGACGUACACGCACCGGCAAAUCAACGAUCAAAGCACUGUUAGUUGAUCCGACGAGCGUUCCGAGCGAAUUGACGUUGAAAUCCGGAACAAGAGAUCCACAAUUCCAAGCAUUUAAUUUAAAAGACAAGGACACUGUUAUUAAUAUUAUCGAUACACCGGGUUUGUUCGAACGCGGUAGCAAAGAAGUUGACAUCCGCGACAACGACACCAUUUUAAACGCAAUCAAACUGUGCGCCACGAUGGAAAUUACAAAAUUUCACGCUAUUUGCUUUUGUGUCUCUGUGACAGUUGGUAUCAACAGGGAAGAUAUACAGUCAAUCGAAACAUUAAUAGAGUAUUUUGGUGAAGAGACAUCGAAAAAUUCCUGCUUAAUUAUAACACAUUGUGAAUCGAAAAACGAAGAACAACGUGAGAAAUUGCGAAAAGAAUUGGUAGAAGAUGCUGCUUUUCAUAAAAUCGCUCCAUUCUUUAAACUCGGAAUUCUGUUUUCCGGUUCAAUAAAUCGAGAUGAUUACAACAAUGGUAGCGAAUGCGUGUACAAUCAAUAUUUUGCAGCGGUUGACUAUCGUACACAGCUGAUCGAGAAGUUCUUAAGCGUGAGAGAUCCUCUACCAAUCAAUCAGAUGCGUAUCAGUCCAGAAAGAUCCGCCAAUGAUUUGAAGAAACAAAAAGAAGAUGAAGUACUGAAUUUAAGGCAAUCGUUGGAAGAGCAAGAAUAUAUUGUCAAACAAUUUCAAAAGCAGGGAUUGAAAGAUGAACACGAGAUACGAAGGCUUACUGAAAAGUAUCGCAGAUCAAUUCUACGCGAGCAAGAAUUACGAGCACAUAUGAAUGAUGAUACAACAAACGAUCCCAGAUAUUAA